GUGUGGUGUCACAUUGAUUUCAGUCCGUCACGAACAACAACACAUGUGAGUGGAGCUUGCCGGAGAGCGGAGAUGUUUUCCUCUCUGAAAGACAAAGUCGGGCAGGUUUUGUUGCCAGGAGAUGAAUUCUCCUUUGACACCGAGGACACCAUCUCCCUCACGACUCCCGUGAAGCCGGAGAAGGUGGUGUGUGGUCCGGGUCUGAGGCGGAGCGACCGACUGCAGGUGUGUAAAAGCGGCGUCCUGCGACACAAAGCUCCCAACAUGUUCUGGAUGGACUCACAGCAGAGGAGGUACGUCCCGGUUAAAGGAGAAACAGUCAUCGGCAUUGUGACAGUCAAAUCAGGAGACAUCUUCAAGGUGGACUUUGGAGGAAGUGAGCAGGCGUCUCUGUCCUACCUGGCGUUUGAGGGAGCAACCAAGAGGAACCGCCCCAAUGUCCAGGUAGGGGACCUGGUGUUCGCUCAGUUCGUGGUGGCCAAUAAGGACAUGGAGCCGGAGCUGGUGUGCGUGGACAGCGGGGGUCGGGCCAAUGGGAUGGGGGUGUUUGGAGGAGGAGGUCUGCUCUUCACCGUCUCUCUGGGACUCGUCAGAAGACUGCUGUCCCCCCAAAGUGACCUCAUGCAGGACCUGCAGAAGCUGUUCCCCUGUGAGCUGGUGGUCGGGAUGAACGGCCGCCUGUGGGUCCGCUCCUCCAGCACCCAGCGGACCCUUAUCAUUGCCAACCUGCUGCAGAGCUGUGAGACCAUGACGGCCCCCCAGAGGAAGGCGCUGUUCGCCAGGGUGGCAGAGGGGACGCUGUAGAGACCCCUAGAGACAUGCACUGUUUACCAGGGUGGCACAGGGGGCACUGUAAGAGACCCCAGAGACGGGCUCUACACACCAGGGUGGCAAAGCGGACAUUAUAGAGCACCCAGAGACGGGCGCUGUUCAGGAGGGGGUUCUCCAGAAACUGAUACUGGAUCAGAGUUUAAAGCAGUCUGAGGGUUUGUUUGCAGGUUAUCCUAAUAUAGACUCUAAACAUCAACAUUUAAAGGCUUUUAUGUGAUUUUUUUUUUUUCGCCCUUGAGCACCAGCAUGAAACCAAAUAGCGAUCUUUAUUAUGCUCGUAUCU